AUGUUAAUGGAUGACAUGGGUUGGGGUGACUUAGGCAUCAAUGGAGACCCGGCCCGAGAAACACCUAAUUUGGAUGCUAUGGCUCGUGAAGGGAUGCUCUUCACGGACUUCUAUACAGCGAACCCGUUGUGUUCCCCUUCGAGAGCAUCCCUACUGACGGGACGGUUACCCAUAAGGAACGGCUUCUACACCGAUAACAUCCACGCGAGGAACUCAUACACUCCUCAAGAAAUUGUCGGCGGAAUCAGUGAUUGGGAGAUAUUAUUACCAGAAUUGUUAGCAGAGAACGGCUACAGAAAUAAAAUAGUAGGCAAAUGGCAUUUGGGUCAUCAAAAGCAAUACCUACCACUCCGACACGGUUUCCACGAGUUCUUUGGAUCAACAAAUUGUCAUUUCGGUCCAUACGAUAACAAGAGUCGACCAAAUAUUGCAUUCUUUCGCGACGACCAUAUGAUUGGCCGAUAUUUUGAAAAUAUAAAAAUCGAUAAAAACCAACAGAUCUCUGACUUAAGCCAAUCAUACAUCAAAGAAGCCAUAAAUUUCAUAACAACACAAUCGGACCCAUUCUUCCUAUAUUGGACCCCAGAUUCACUUCACGCACCGACCUUUAGGUCUGUGCCAUACAUUGGUAGUAGUUCUAGGAGUAGCUCAUAUGGUGACGCUCUCAGGGAAUUGGACGCAGGGAUCGGCAAAAUUCUCGACACAAUCAAACAAAAUCAAACUCUCGCUAACAAUACAUUUGUAUUCUUCACGAGUGAUAACGGAGCUGCACUGGUUAGCACAACAGACGCUGGGAGUAAUGGUCCGCUUCUGUGCGGCAAACAAACCACUUUCGAGGGCGGAGUGAGGGAACCGGCGAUUGGGUGGUGGCCCUCAAGGAUUCCGCACAGCACUGUCAGCAGACAAUCGGCUACUAUUAUGGACUUAUUCCGCACCAUCUUCUCCAUAACAGACAUACCGAUGCCCAUCGAUAGGGAAUACGAUUCUUACGACUUGAGUCCAGUGCUGUUUGCAAAUAAAAGGAUUGAUACGAAUAUCUAUUACUACAGAGGAAAUCAAUUAAUGGCGGUUCGCAACGGUGACUAUAAGUCACACUUCUGGACAUUUACCAAUCCAUUAGAACAGUUCAAAACUGGUAUCAACUUUUGUCCUGCUAAUUUUAUCAAAUCAAUUACAACUCAUGCGUUGACUAAUUAUACUCAAAGUCCAAAAUUGUUUCAUAUGAUUAGAGACCCAGGAGAGAGAUAUCCUAUUCCUGAGAAUUCUAUAGAAUAUAAGAGUGUUAUUCAUAAAUACAUUAAUUUAUAUAAUAAGCAUAUUUCAAACACAAUUCCGGGAAAGCCUUUGCUUAAUUGGUGUGAUAAGGCUGUCAUGCAUUGGAGUCCUCCCGGGUGUGAGGCUUUAAAUAUGUGUUUACCAGUACCACAAUCAAAGCCAUACCGGUGUGAUUGGCCACAUUAA